AAAGCGCCAAACUUUGGGAGAGAAAAUAAUCCAUCGUUGUCGGUAGCUGGCAGAUCUCUUCAACGGGGGCGUGCGAGCGAUUCGAAAGAUCGCUCCCCUAUGUAGCGUGGAGCAGGUCACUGGCAUAGUGUACGGUUCGCAUAGAGCAAUAUCCCGAGAUUCGCAAUGGCGUUCGAAGAUGUGGAGGCUUUCCCAGUCACCGAUUUCAGUCCCUUCGAGGACAAAGCAAUCCGUCGAGGCUUCAUCAGGAAAGUCUUCACCAUCCUCGCUGCGCAGCUCUCCGUUCUGACAGCAAUGGUGGUGACCACCAUGUUCACGGACGACAUACGAGUCUACCUGCAGGAUCCCGACAAUCUCGAUGUCACCCUGUUUUUAUUCAUCGGCUCGAUCGUAGUCUAUUUCGUAUGCACGAUCUUGCUGAUAUGUGUCGCUGAUCUUCGGAAGAAAUAUCCGACCAACCUUAUUAUUCUCUUCAUCUUCACGAUCUCGUCGGCGAUCUUCAUAUCGAUCGCGUGCACAUUCUAUACGAUUGAUUCCGUCAUGCUGGCUCUGGGCAUAACUUUUCUGUGCUGUGUCGGAAUUUUCGUGUUUUCCUUCAAUACUAAAUACGACCUCAGUUCUUGUCAUGGACUCGUAUUCUGCCUUCUUUGGGGGCUCCUGCUCACCUUCCUGCUGAUGCCGAUACCGUACGGCUCGACGAGUAACAAAGUUUUCGCCGGGAUCGGAGCCAUCAUAUUCAUGUUCGUUCUGGUGUAUGAUAUUCAUCGCGUUAUGGGUCGAUCGACGGAAAACGCUCUCUCUCCGGAGGAGUACAUCGUAGGAGCACUGGAGAUUUACUUGGAUAUCAUCAACAUCUUCAUCAGGAUUCUACAGAUUGUGGGGCAGCGAUGAAAAUGCCUGGACGGAAGUGCUUCCAUCGACCGAGGAAUAUAUCCCAUCGCCGUGUGAGAGACGGGAAAUAAUACGCACGAUUCCUGGAUCGAGCAUUCCAAAGCCGGUACACCACAUGCGAGAAGAGGCUCUCCGGGAUAUCCUUGCCAAAAGCGUUAUUGUCCUGUCCUGGCUGGCUUGCUUGGUCAAGCUCACGUCUUACCACUCAUCAUCGAGUCGCUGGAGCGCACUUUUCGUUGAUCACGGAGACGACGAAACCCGUGGGUCAAAUGGCUCUACUUCGUAGAUUUCAUGCUCGAUGUUCCAUAAGGUCUACUAGUCAGAACGUCAUUCUCUCCAUGUUUUAAUGCUUGAGUAUUUGGAGCUGAAUAAAUGAUGUCGGAAUCGCCUUCAUCAUGGUAUGGCUGUGGCAGUAUCAAA